AGGUCCUUAAGGCAACUGGAAUUUUCUUUUUCCAGGGAGCACGAAAACGUCGUCUAUGUACCUAACCCAUAUGAGUUACGUGUGUCCCCUAGGACUGGAGAAAACCAUCUCAUCUUCACACAAAAAAACAUAAAUGCCUUAGCUAAGAUUGUGGCUACUAAAGACCCCAUGGAAACACUAUAGAAUUAAAGGCCAUGGUCCGUUUCACCAAUGACCCAACAAGGAUGGAGAAGGCCAGAAAGCACAUGGCUGCCAGGAUAUUAGACUUCGCCCUAGAGAUAAUCCACCUGAUAACCGGAGAGGAUUACACAGUAGUGAAGAAGUGGUCUGGUGAGUGUGUGACCCCCCGUGUGUCAGGAGGAUCGGGCACCAUCCAGAGCCCCACCCCCGAGGAUCCUCCACCUCAUUCACUGAUACAUGAGCAGAAGAUCCUAGAACUGACCACCAGGAUAACUGAGCUGCUGACUGGAGAGGUUCCUAUAAGGUGUCAGGACGUCACUGUCUAUUUCUCCAUGGAGGAGUGGGAGUAUGUAGAAGGACACAAGGAUCUGUACCAGGACAUGAUAGAGGAUCACCGUCCCCUCACACCGGAUGGAUAUACAGGAGGUGAUGUAUGCAUUCCCUGUGUGUUCCCUAUAGAUGAAGUCAUGGAUAGAAAUCCACCCAAGAGGUGUCCCCGUCCUCUGUAUUCCCAGGAUUGUCCAGAAGAAAAUGUCCCAGAGGACCAUCAGGAAGAAGAUCUGAUUAUUAUUAAAGUGGAGGAUGAAUCUGAAGAAGAAGAAGUAGAGGAGAUUAUGAGAGGCUAUGACUCGUGUAUGAGGGAAGUGAAGAAGGAAAUUUGUGGAGAUGUCACCCCAGAAAAUCCCGAUAAGGAGACUGAUGGAAACUUCAUGUUAUCACUGAAUUCUGGAGUAGAACUUGAAGAAGUCACGCUGCACUCCUUAGGAGAGGACCUCCUUUCACUCGAUGUUCAUCCAGGUCUUCUCGGUACAGAUCUAUCCUAUAGUCCCUAUAACCGUGAGCAGGUUCUUACAACAAGUACACAUAGAAAAAAGGGCAAACGGUUUAAUUGUGAUGAAUGUAAAAAAGAGUUUACAAACAUCUCAGACCUUAUAACACACAGAAGAAGCCACACAGGGGAGAAGUAUUCAUGUUCACUAUGUGGGAAAUGUUUUAGGAAUACAUCCGAGCUUGUGGCACAUGAAAGAAUGCACACAGGAGAGAAUCCAUAUUCAUGUUCACAAUGUGGGAAACGUUUUGCCCUGAGAACAGAUCUUCUUAAACAUCAGGAAACUCACUCAACAGAGAGGCCAUAUCCGUGUCCCGUAUGUGGCAAACGUUUUACAUCAAUACCAUAUCUUAGUAUACACGAAAGAAGGCACACAGGAGAGAACCCCUUUUCAUGUCCAGAAUGCGGGAAAUGUUUCACGAGAAAAUCCGAUCUUAUUACACAUGUGAGAAUUCACAGAGUAGAGAAGCCGCAUUUAUGUUCAACAUGUGGAAAAUGUUUUACAGAAAAAUCACAGCUUUUGGCACAUGAGAGAAGUCACAUAGGAGAGAAGUCCUAUUCAUGUUCAGAAUGUGGGUUAUGUUUUAAAGAAAAAUCAGAUCUUGUUGCACAUGAGAGAAGUCACACGGAGGAAAAGACAUGUCCAGAAUGUGGGAAAUGUUUUACACAAAAAAAUGAUUAUUUUUUACAUAUCAGAGCUCACGCAGAAGAGAAGCAGUAUUCAUGUACAGAAUGUGGGCAAUGUUUUUUUAAUAUGGCGCAUCUUCUUGAGCAUGAGAAAAAUCACACAGGAGAAAAGCCGUAUUCAUGUUCAGUAUGUGGGAAAGGUUUUAGAGAUAAAAGAUAUUUUCUUACACAUGAGAAAAGUCACACAGAAGAUGAGCAAUAUUCUUGCUCAGAGUGUGGGAAAUGUUUUUCAGAUAAAAGAUAUUUUGCUAUACAUAAGAAAACUCACAGAGAAGAAAAAACACAUUCAUGUUCAGAAUGUAAGAAAUGUUUUACAAAAAAAUCAAGUCUUAUUGAUCAUAAGAGAAUUCACACAGGAGAGAAGGAGUAUUUGUGCUUAGAAUGUGGGAAAUCUUUUACCCAUAGAAGAUAUUUUGUAAUACAUAAGAGAAUACACACAGGGGAAAAGCCACAUUCAUGUUCAGAAUGUGGUAAAUCUUUUACAAAUAAAUCACACCUUGUUACACACCAGAGAAUUCACACAGGAGAAAAGCCGUAUUCGUGUUCAGAAUGUGGGAAGUGCUUUACAAAGAAAUCACAUCUUAAUAUACAUCAGAGAACUCACACAGGAGAGAAGCCAUAUCCGUGUUCACAAUGUACCAUGGCUUUUACGACCAAAUCAAAUCUGCAUAUGCAUGAGAAAAGAAAUCACACAGGAGAGAAGCCGUAUUCGUGUUCAGAAUGUGGGAAAUGUUUUAGAAAUGAAUCAAAUCUUUUUACACAUGAGAGAAAAAAUCACUCAGGACAGAAGCCACUUUGAUGGUCUAUACUGUAUGUGAAAAACGAUUUACAAGAGUAUAAAAAUGAUUUCUGCCCCUGUGAACUGGUGGGACAGACUGAUUGAAAUUCUAAUCUAUUGCAAAAAGGUAAAUAACAUUAAUUAUUAAAUCAUGAUAUGAUAAAGAAAAACAACACUUCCCUAAGGCCAUAACCAGCAACACAAUUGGGGACAUAAAGGGGUACUCUCGUGCCCCAGCCUUCUGAACAUCCGGUUCAGAAGGCUUGGAGCAGCGAACGCUGCUCCAAGCCUUCUGAACCGGAUGUUCAGAAGGCUGGGGCAAAGGAGUACCCCUUUAAACAAGAAGUUGCCCUAUUGGAUGACAACUUCCUGCAGAAGAGAGUCCAGAAUAGACCACAGGAAGGUAGAAUGUGAACUCCAGGCGGCUGUGCUCCAAAUCUGGUCAAGGGGGAGGAGCUCUGACAAAUGUAGGAGGGGCUAAGCUUUGAGCAACAUAAGAUUUUCUGGCAGCCUCUUUAAUCCAUGUACUUAAAGGGGUACUGCCAUGGAAAACUUUUUUUUUUUUUUUUUAAAUCA